AUGGAUGAUUUUCAAUACUAUCACGAUUUAAUCCUUUCAUCUAAAUGCAAAAUGUGUGGUAAAGCGUUUACAUAUGCAAAUAAACCAACAUUGGAUAGAAUCGAUAAUGAAAAACCACAUACCAAAGAAAAUUGUCAGUUAAUGUGUUGUUAUUGCAAUGUCGUAAAAUCAAAUAAAGAUGAAGAUGUUCAACGUUUAAGAAUCAAUUUAAGAAAUUACGCAUUAAAAAAUAAUUUACCAAUGACUUUAGAUUCAGUUGAAGCUUAUCACAUUCUCCGUAAUGGAAUUACUGGUGGUCUAUCAAAUGUUCAACAUCGUGUUAAUCUUAAAGGAAUCACGCACAUUAAUAAACUUUCAUAUAGUCCAGAAACUAAAACUGUAUCAAAUGAGGACACUUCCAACAUCAUGACUCAUUUCGUUGGUGUUGAUUUUAAUUCAUUAUAUCCUUCAUUAUUUUCAUCUAAUCCUCAUGAUUUCAUUCAAUAUACUGACCAUAAAAUGUAUAUGCCGGGAAGAUUGAAUGGUGUUAUCAUUUGUGAUACAGCAACAAAGAAAGCAAAAGCACUGGGAAUAAUUAAGAAGAAAAAUACUUUAUUC